CAACCUCGUAGUAAUUGAGUACCUAGCUCUGCUAUUAUUAUUAUCUUACAAUAAUAAUUAUUGAUAGUUGAUACCAAUUGAUACCGUACCGUAAUAUCAACCAAGAACAUAGCAAUUAGAAUUUAAUAAAAUAAUUUAUCUAUUCUAAAAUCGACUAUGUAAAAAUUAGCCUUAUAUUGUUAUGUACCUAGGUACAUAUUUAUUAAAAAUCGUUAAACUUUUAAAUUCUGCGUGAUAAAUUUUAUCCAGUUAUGUCACAAUAAACUUUGUAGACUUGUAGAUAUUAUAACUUGUGUGUGUGGUUUCAAAUAUAUUGAUAACUUUGCUUAUAUUAUAUAUACGCGUAUAUAAAAUAUAAGGUUGAUAAGUUUUGUUAUCAGUGUCUAUAACAAAAACAAUGAUAAUGUAACUGGAUGGUAACUGGGAUCUUCUGAACAGUUAUUAUUAAGUCAUUUUAACAUUACCUAAAUAUUCUUCAUACUAUAUUAUUAAAACUCAUAUAUUAUAUCAAAAGUUGGUUGGUAAUUGAUAUUACAUACCUACGUGAAACAUGCCACAAAAAGUAGGCUUUUUAGGAUUUAUUGCUUAUUCUGUGUCCCUUAAUGAGUUAGUUGUUUUUAAUGGAUAUUUAACAGUAGAAAGUGGAGUGAUAACUAGAAUGGGCCUAAGAGAAGAGUUUGAAAGCCUUAAGUAUUCUGGGAGCUUAUCUGGUUUUAACAUCAAAUAUAUGGGAACUAAUCAAAUUCUUAUACCAGGAUUUGUGGACUGCCACACACAUGCACCACAAUUUCCGAAUAUAGGUUUGGGACUAGACAAACCUCUAAUGGAAUGGCUAGAUAAAUAUACAUUUCCUUUAGAGAGACGAUAUUCAGAUCUCCAAUUUGCAGCUGAUGUGUAUACUAAAGUGGUUAAAGGUUUAUUAAAAAAUGGUACAACAACAGUAUGCUAUUUUGGCUCUCUUCAUUUAAAGGGUACAUUGGAAUUAGUGAACAGUGUGAUAAAAUGCCACCAGAGAGCAUUAGUCGGCAAAGUUAGUAUGAACAUGCCUAACUCAGCUGGAUAUUAUAAUGAUACUGCAAAAGAGUUGAAAGACACAGAAGAUUUUGUUAGAAGAGUACGAGAGAAACAGCGUGACCUGGUUCAACCUGUUGUAACACCAAGAUUUGCUGUUAGUUGUGAUACAGAGCUUAUGACUGGGUUGGCCAAAAUAGCCACUAGAUAUGCCUGCAGGAUACAAAGCCAUAUAUCAGAACAUAGAGAUGAAGUAGAAUAUGUUUUAAAAACUAAUCCGAAUUGUACAAGCUAUUCUGAUGUUUACGACAAGUGUAACAUUUUGAACAAUCAGAGUAUAAUGGCGCAUGCUAUACACCUAACCGACGACGAGAUCAAAUUGUUCGCGGCUAAGGGUGUGUCGGUGGCGCACUGCCCUGCUUCUAACACGAGGCUGCGAUCUGGCAUGUGUCCGGUUCGGAAACUACUUGACAACAAUAUUAAAGUCGGACUUGGCACAGAUAUAUCGGGAGGUGAUAAUGCAACCUUACUGGACGCAAUGCGACGAACAAUGGAUGUAUCAACCCACUUAGAGUUUCACGGUGGCCGACCCGCUAUUAACUGGAAGGAGGCAUUUUAUUUGGCAACACUUGGCGGUGCUAAAGUUCUGGGCCUCGACGACAAAAUCGGUAACUUCAAAAUUGGCAAAGAGUUCGACGCUUUGGUCGUAGACAUUUACGCUGACGAUAGUCAACUGGAUAAUUACGAUUAUCCACCGGAAGCCUCGGAUGAAGAACGAAUUUUGAAUUUAUUGCAUCGUUUUUUGUAUGUUGGUGACGAUAGAAAUAUAGUUGAAGUAUAUGUUAAGGGCAAACAACUUAUGAUGGUUGUGUACGAUGAGAAUUAAUACAAAAUAUACAAGUACGUAGGUACUAUAAAUUAUAUUUAAAUAACUUUGAAUAAGCGUUAUAAUAUGUUGAUUAUAUUCUUUAAAAAAUGUUUUUUAUUUCGCUGAAAAUAUUUAAUACACUGAUUGUAUUGUAUAAAAUUAAGUCGAGAAUUUAAAUUGAUUUACAGCAAUUAAGGAUUUUUAUUCAUUUAUUUAUAAAUGAAGUUACAUGCGAGUUAGUAACUAUAAUUACUUUCUACAACUUGGUAGUUGUAGAAAGUCAUGCAUUGUUCACUUGUGUACAUUUUAAUAUUCGUUCUACGUGGGUAACACUGAAAAUGUUUAGAACUGGCCAGUUAGAAACAUUGCUAAUGAAAACUUUUUUUGAAUUUCAAUUUUAGAACUCUUUGGUAACCUAAUGUAGUAUAUUGCAUUCAUUUGUCAUUUGUUUUUGUGAAUUGGCGGUAGCUAUGAUAUGAAUGAAUGAAGCCCCAUCUCGUGCCACUAUUAAAAAUUGGUUUAACGAGUUUAAGCGUGGACGUAGCAAUCUCAAUGAUGAUCCGCGUGAGGGACGUUCUUUAACAGCGACUACUGAAGAUAACAUCAGUGCUGUGCGACGCAUGAUAGAGGAAGAUAAGAGAGUAUAUAUAUAACCUAUGAGCAGAUACGGGCAAGUCUAGGAAUUGGUAUGAAUCAAGUUUAAAAACUAUUACAUGAACAUUUAGGCGUCAGGAAGCUUUGUACCAGAUGGAUUCCCCAUACUUUAACCGACGAUCACAAACACCUUCGGAUGGACUGCUGUCGCCAAAUGUUAGAUAAGUUCAACGGCGGUGACUCAAAUGCUGUAUUUGACAUCGUCACAGAUGAUGAAAGCUGGAUAUAUUGCUACGAACCUGAAACUGAAAGAAAAUCAGCUCAGUGGGUGUUUCCUGUCGAGGAUCGGCCAACUAAGGUAAAGAAAGGAAGAAGAUGAAGGAAAAAAGAUGAUUGCCUCAUUCUUUGGUCGGAAAGGUCAUUUCGCGACAGUUGUGCUAGAAGAUGGAAGGACAGUUACUGCAGACUGGUAUGUCAAUCGCUGUUUGCCUGUUGUCUUGGAAAAAAUUCGACAGAAGCGCCCUCGAAGCAGGAUCCUCCUUCACCACGACAAUGCUUCAGCGCACUCCGCAAAACGGACUGUUGAAUAUUUGACUAUGGCAGAUGUCGAGAUAAUGAGUCAUCCGCCAUUCAGUCCUGACCUGGCGCCCUGCGACUUUUAUUUAUUCCCAAGAACUAAAGAUAAAAUUCGAGGUAUUCGCUUUACGAGCCCUGAAAAUGCGGUGAAAGCGUACGAAAAUGCCAUAGAAGAGACGCCUAAGGAAGAAUGGGCCCACUGCUUUUCUCAGUGGUUCCAUCGAAUGCGACGAUGUGUAGAGAGGAACGGAGAUUACUUCGAAAUACAAUAAGAGUAUUGGCAACUUUCUACAUUAAGCCGUUUUUCAUUUUCUAAAUAUAUUCAGUUUUACCUAGGUAUAGUAAAGAAUUUCACUAAACUAAAACAAGUGAUUAGCACUUGUAAAUAUCCUAUAGAUUUGAUAGUUCUAUCCGAACUUAGUAUUUCAGAUAGUAUUGGGAAUUUAUAUAAUUUACCGGGAUAUAAUAUGUAUGCCCAAUUACGAGAUAAACAACGUGGCGGCGGUAUAAUUAUUUAUGUAAAGAAUUACCUUAAGUUUACUCUAACACCGCACAAAACUUUUAUUUUGAAAACUUAACAGGUAUAAUAAAGUUACCAACCGAUGUAAAUCUAGUUAUAUGUGCAAUCUGCAAACCUCCGUGUAAAAAUAAAAACAUUCAUGUAGAUGAACUUAGCAGGUACAUCUCACGGUAUGACUCUAAAACAAAUAAUAUAAUAUUACUUAUACUGGCUGGCGAUAUAAACAUACACCUAAAAAACCAAUCAUCCCAUAAAGAUUACUACUUGGAUACAGAACCGGCCGUUUUCAAUGACGUAUCUCUAGUUACGGAUAUAUUGCUAUCACUGUUUAAUGACAAGAUCUUAUCUAUCCAUAUUUAUGUCCAAUUUAGUUAUAGUCCAAUGCUAUCUGUUAAUAGGUUAUUUAAAUUUAAGUAAGUAAGGUAAGUUAAACUAAGGAUAGAUAGAUUAUUAAAAACGGCCGUUAGUGAGUACUGAUUGAUGUGUGGCAUUUCAAAUUACACGAGAAUAGAAACAAAAUUAAAUAAGAUCACCAAACCUUUUAUAGAUCUAUUUUUGCGCGGUUCCUCACUUUAGAUCCGUACUCGACGGUGCUUGACGAUGUACUGGCGGAUCAUUGAGGUAUUGUAUUCACAUGCAUUAAUAACUCAUCCCACACGAGACGUAUACAGAUUGCUACAAAAAAGAUUACUAUUGAUCAAAAUAUUUUUCAUAAAGAAAUGAGUAGAGUUGACUGGCAACAGACUAAAUUAAUGAAUACACCAGACAAUAUAUUGGCUUAUAUUAAAAAGUCGUUUCUAUUCAGCCAGAGGUUGCAAAAAAAUAUUUAUUAAUAAAGUACAAAAAAAAAAAUUGAAUCAAACACAGCUCCUUGGAUAGAUGGAAACGUAAAUCGGCUUUGCGGAAAAUAAAACAAUUUAUAUAAGCUUUGGAUAGAAAUGACUGUACAAUAUUGUAUAUUUUUAUUAAAAAGAGCGCUUACCAGUGGGAGGCUCCUUUGCACAGGAAGCCGGCUAGAUUAUGGGUACCACAACGGCGCCUGUUUCUGCCGUGAAGCAGUAAUGUGUAAGCAUUACUGUGUUUCGGUCUGAAGGGCGCGUAGCUAGUGAAAUUACUGGGCAAAUGAGGCUUAACAUCUUAUGUCUCAAGGUGACGAGCGCAAUUGUAGUGCCGCUCAGAAUUUUUGGGUUUUUUGAGAAUCCUGAGCGGCACUGCAUUGUAAUGGGCAUGGCGUAUCAUUUACCAUCAGCUGAACGUCCUGCUCGUCUCGUCCCUUAUUAUCAUAAAAAAAAAACAUAAUGCUGGGAGAGUUCUUGCGCCGCGUCUUCUCUCUCAGAGCGCCAUUUGUUUCCGAAGCGGUAGUAGUAUCUAGUAGUUAUCAGAAAUGACAUCAAAAAGAAUUCUAAAGGAAUCAAUUUUGAGAAAAUAAAUGCCUUUUAUGCCUAAAUAAGACUAGAAUAUAAUAAAACCAGAAACAAAACUUCAUAACUUAAUGGAAUCCAAACGUGACGCAUAUUAUUUAUAAGAAAUUAAUAAACAUUGUAAAGAUAAAGAUAAAAUCUUCAAAAUUAUUAAACAAAUGCUAGGGCGGACAAAUUAAACCAUUGACGAAGUGAUACUUAAGACGUUCGAAGGUCAGGGGCCUUUCCAAUAAACAGAUAGCUGAUAAUAUAUAAUAACUUAAAUAAUAAGAAAAAAGGCCUAUUCGUUGUAUGUAGUAUCUCUAUAUCCACAAUCUAGGACUAAUCUGGGUCAAAACGCAACUAUUUCUAGGCUCUGUAGGUCAUAUAACUCACUGGCCAAAUCGCAGAACAAUUAUUUAUUCAUUCCACUUGCUCAAUAUAAAAAGAUAAUACUUAAUUUACACAUGUGACUUAGAAACCUUGUUUUCAUAUUUUCAUUUUUAUUUUAAAUUAUAUAUUUAUAUUUUAGUUUAUAAAUGGUUAAAAUUACUGUCCUAUAAGCGUAGUAAAAAUUAUGAAUGCUGUGGUAGCUUAUAAGUGAAUUAACUCUUAUCCAUAUUAUUAUUAUAUUUUAAGUUUAAGCAUGUAAAGAGUGUAAUUUUUUAGUUGCCCAAAUAUAUACAUAAAUAAAAUACAUUUGCGGAAUCCUAUAUUAAACAUGGUUUCAAGCUAUGGCAUUACAUAUUCCUCAUAUCUGUAAUUAUGUGUGCUUUGAAAAUUAAAAGAAAACAAAAAUUAAAUAUUUAAACAUUGCAAAAUCUUGCCUAUUUAUGAUAAAGUUUAGGAAAUGCUAUUGUGACAAAAACUUUUAUUGACAAAAUAAGUUUGCAAAGAUAGAACAUCCUGUACAAACAAGAGCCAUAACUCAGAACCGGUUGUUUAUUCUCCGGGCCUGCAACGUGUAACGGUGUACGGCGAACGAACAACCAAUUUCCUAAUACCUCGCUUGCUAAAUGAGCUGCCCUUCAUUGAGCGGCAGAAUUUAACUACUAAAAACAUUAAUUAUAGAUUAAAGGAUUACCUAUUAAAAAACUAUAGCAGCUAAGAUAGUUUGUACCUGCUAAGUUCAAGUCGUACAAAAUUUCACUGUUGUUAAUUUAAUUAAAAUCUUAAGUAGUGACAUAAUAAAUAGUAAUUGUUUGCAUUAAUUGUAACCUUUGUGGUUUUUAGAUGCUAAGUUAACCUAGUUUGUAUAUUAGUAAUAAUAUGUAAAAUGAUAAAUAAAUAAAA